AUGGCGCAUCCGCAGCAGGUUUUUGCCCCCGGGCGCGACGACCGCCGGCAGACGUUGGGGCAUGCGCACACAUCGGCUGAGCAUGCUGCGCUGGUGCAGUCGCGCGAAACGGGCGACGUUUUUCCCGAGGACACCUUGACACCCAGGGGCCAGGUCAAGGCGCUGCCUUUUGCAAAGUCUUGGGUGCAUUUCUUGGCUGGAGGCAUCGGAGGUAUGACGGCUGCGACACUCACCGCCCCCCUCGACGUCUUGAAGACGCGGCUCCAGUCAGACAUUUACCAAGCGCAACUACGCGCCGCGCAGGCCAUGCAGACCAAGGCGGCGGUGAGGCGCGGUCCCGUCGCGGCCGCCUUCUACCACCUCGGCGACACGCUGCAGAUCCUGCGCGGGGUGCAGCGUACCGAGGGCACCAAGGCGCUGUUCAAGGGGCUGGGGCCGAACCUGAUUGGUGUGGUGCCGGCGCGGGCUAUCAACUUUUACGUGUACGGCAACGGCAAGCGCAUCCUCGCCGAGCGCUGGAACGGCGGCGAGGAGGCGCCGUGGGUGCACAUGCUGGCGGCGGGCGCGGCGGGCAUCGCGACGUCGACGGCCACCAACCCGAUCUGGAUGAUCAAGACGCGAAUGCAGCUCGACAAGAAUGUUGCGCAGCGAGCGAGCGACGCUGCCGGCGCCGAGGUGCGCAGACGGUACCGAAACAGUUACGACUGCGUGAGGCAGAUUCUCCGGGAAGAGGGCGUCCGCGGGCUAUACAAGGGCAUGAGCGCGAGCUACCUGGGCGUCGCCGAGUCGACGCUGCAGUGGGUGCUGUACGAGCAGUUCAAGGCGUACCUGGCGCGCAGGGAGCAGCUGCUGGAGCGCAGCGGCCGCGAGAGGACGGCGUGGGACCGCUCCGUCGAGUGGACGGGCAACUUUGGCGCCGCGGGCGUUGCCAAGUUCAUCGCGGCCAUCCUGGCGUACCCGCACGAGGUGGCGCGCACGCGCCUGCGGCAGGCGCCCGUCGCCGACGGACGGCCCAAGUACACGGGGCUCGUCCAGUGCUUCAAGCUCGUAUGGAAGGAGGAGGGCCUGAUGGGGCUCUACGGCGGACUGACGCCGCAUCUGCUGCGCACGGUGCCCAGCGCGGCCAUCAUGUUUGCCAUGUACGAGGGCAUCCUGCGCCUCUGCAACACGCCGGCCUAA